AUAAACUUUUAAAAAUACAGUGUUUUUUCGUUAGACUAUCUCAAACAUUAUCGAAAAUAAAUUAUAGUUUAAUAUUGAAAUCAAUGGCCAGCAAUAGCUCAGUGACCGAAGCGGUCAGUUUAGGUCUCUGUGUUAAAGACACGGCCUUAUCGUUGACCGAACAGAUACUGUCGUUGUUCUACAUAUUGUCACCACACGAACACACCAAAGAUAAUGCCGAAGAUGUACCCAAUUAUGAAGUGACCUUAAUGCCUGCCAUCGGAUUGCUUGUCGUUUUGGAACAAAUCAUCAGAUUUUUUAUGAAUAAAGAUUUGUCGCGAUUUCAAGAUAUUGUUAUUAAUAUAGGAUCAGCUCUUUUGUUUACAUUGUGCCGGACUCUAUUAUUAGGAGUGGUAAUCAUAGUAUUCACGUAUAUCAAUGAAAAUUACCGUAUAGUAGACUUACCACUUCACUCGAUAUGGACGUGGAUUUUUUCAUUGCUUUUGGUCGAGUUUACCUACUAUUGGACUCACCGGGCAUUACAUGAAAUCAAUAUCCUAUGGGCCGCCCAUUCCUUCCAUCACAUGGCAGAAGAUGUCAACAUCACUACUACUGUUCGGGACUCUGUUGUGGAUCUUAUUCUUUACGACAUAUUUCCUAUACCACUGGCAAUGCUAAUUCCGCCGCCAAUACUUGUAGUGCACCUUCAGUUUAGUCUUAUAUAUCAGAUAUGGCUUCACAAUGAAGUUGUGGGUAAUUUGGGUUUUAUAGAGUAUAUAAUCAAUACUCCCCGUCAGCAUAGGGUUCAUCACGGAAAGAAUCCCUAUUGUAUUGAUAAGAACUACGGCGCUCUCAUUAUGAUUUGGGACCGUAUUUUCGGUACCUAUCAAACGGAAAAAGAAAAGAUAGUUUUUGGAGUCGUGUCGCCCACACCUAAAACUUUUGACUCAAUGACUCUUCAAUUCGGUUACUAUAAGGAUGUUAUCAAAAAAUUUAAUGAAGUUCAAGGUAUAGGUAAUAAGUUUUCAGCAUUGUUUAAAGGUCCCGGUUGGGCUCCUGGAAAACCUAGACUUGGACUAAUCAAAGAAGUUCCAGAGCCCGAUCCGGCUGCUCCUAAAUACUCGUGGGAUCCGUAUAUACCUCUCUGGAAAAAGUAUUAUGUAGUCAUACAUUCAACUAUUAUUGUGGUGGCAUUCAUACAAUUAGCUGAUCACCCAUAUAUUCGUUACUCAGCUUUUAAAGGUUUAGUCGCUAUCUUAUACAUAAUAUUUGUAUUAACAUCUAUCGGUACAAUCUUUGAUGGCAGGAAAAUUGGUCCCUAUAUUGAGAUCAUCCGAUGCUUAAUAUACUUUCCUUUUGACUACUAUUUCGUGGCAUCGGUUGAAUGGGCUAUUGAUAGUAACGAUUGGUUUGUGUUGAACUCUAGCCUAUGGAUCAUUAGGUUGACUCACGUGUUGUCCAUUAUAUUUUGGUUGUCAUACGCCUUGUUUAGCAAAGAUGAGAAACCCUUACCACAAAAGAUAUCACUCAAUGAUAUGGAAAGUGACGACUCUUUGGCCAAACCUAAGAGUUCGACAUUUGAAAAAUGGUUGUUUGCUUUGGGAAUAUUAACAACUUUCCUAUCAAUUAGUUUCCUCUAUAUUUAUAAUAUCAACAGUUGUCGCAGUAUAACACAUGUUGUUAUUAAUUGGAUUAAAACUAAUUUACUUACUUUUAUGUAG